AUGUCCUCCCCCACCCCCGAUCAGAUCAAAACCCUCGAGCAAUCGCGUCAACGACUGGUGCAACUGACGCAUUCUCUGGCCUCGUUGAUCACCAGUUUGAAUCAGAGUGAUCCGCUACCUUCGUGGACCUCCCUCCAAUCCCAAGCAACAAUCAUCUCCAAUAACCUCCUCACCAUCUCCGACCACCUCUCCGAAAACCGUGACCUCCUCUCCUCCCUCGUCGCUUACCCGGCCCCCUCCUACCCCUCGCGCAACCCGACCAACACCGUCGCCCUCGAGCAGCUCCUCCGCACGAAACUCGAUCCCCGCGUCGAGGACUGGGUGGCCCGCGGUCGGAAGGCGGGCGGUCUCGUCGGGGGUGCUUCGACUGGUGGAUACCCCGAUGCAGGCGCAGCUGCCGGCGCAGGGCUGGACGAUUUAGCUGCGCUCGCGGAGCUGUGGGAUUGGGCGCCCGUCGAGGCGAAUCAGGAGGCGAGGCGGAGGAAUUGGGGCGGUAACUUUACGUUGGAGGAGCGGGAGGGUGGAAUCGGAAAUGUGGUGACUGGGCUGCGGAGAGUGUUGGAGGAUGAUGACGAUGAUGAUGAUGAAAGUGGCAGUGAGGAUGAGGAAGACGAGGAAGGGGAGGGAGAGGCGGAGGAGAUGGAGGUUGUUGGGGUGAGGAGGAAGUCCGGUGCAGCCGCUGGGCUGGAGUUUGAAAUUGCGCCUGCUUCUGCUGGUGGCCACCACCACCAGCAGCAGCAGAAGAUGGAUGCGCCUGCGGUGCCUUUGGAUGAGAUUUUGAGGUUCAUGACUGUUGGCGUUAUGCCC